AUGCUCGCUCUACUCUUCGUCAGUGGCGACGGCAGCCGCUGGGGCCUCGUCGUACUCGACGAUUGGGGUGCCGGUGUCUGUGGCGUCGGCGCCAGGGACCACGGGCUUGUUGCUAGCCCGGUGCUGCAGAACGACAUCGACCUGGUCAACCCACCGGCAGAGCUUGAGAAGUUAAAGCACAAGAAGAAGCGCCUCGUCCAGUCUCCCAACUCUUUCUUCAUGGAUGUCAAGUGCCAGGGCUGUUUCAGCAUAACCACUAUGUUCAGCCACUCCCAGACUGUGGUUGUGUGCUUAGAUCCUGCUGGUGCUUAA